AUGAAAGCUCCCAUUCCUCUUCUGAUCCUGCUUCAUGCCGUUGUGGUCCAUUGCCUGAAAGUGGUGUCGAAGAGAGGCUCAGUGGAAGGAUGCACGGACUGGUCAGUGGACUACCUGAAAUAUAAGGUGCUUUUGGGGGAACCUGUACGGAUUAAGUGCGCUUUGUUCUAUGGAUAUAUCCGGGCCAACUACACCCAUGCGCAGAGCGCAGGACUUAGCCUUAUGUGGUACAAAAGUGCAGGACAUGGCGACUUCGAGGAACCCAUCAGUUUUGACGGCACAAGGAUGAGCAAGGAGGAGGAUGCCAUAUGGUUUCGACCAGCAGAGUUGGACGAUGUGGGCUACUAUUCCUGCGUAUUAAGGAACUCCACAUACUGCAUGAAGGUGUCCAUGUCUCUCACAGUGGCCGAAAACGACACGGACCUUUGCUACAACUCCAAAAUGAGGUUCUUUGAGAAGGCAGAACUAAGCAAAAGCAAAGACAUCACAUGCCCGGGCAUUGAGGAUUAUCUGCUGCCAGGAGUGGAGCCUGCGAUCAUGUGGUACAAGGAAUGCAAGCCAAAGCAGUGGAGACAAACCAUAGAAAGGAGGAGGGACACUCUGUCCAUCAAGGAAGUACGGGAAGACGACAUUGGGAAUUACACAUGCGAGUUGCAGUUUGGGAACUUCGUGGUACGGAGGACGACUGAGCUAUCCGUCACAGCUCCCCUGACUGACAAGCCGCCAAAAAUCCUUUUCCCGUCGGAGAGCCAAAUGAGCGUCAUAGAGAUGGCAAUAGGAAGUCCCCUCAACCUGACGUGCAGAGCGUUCUUUGGAUACAGCGGAGACGUCAGUCCACUUAUCUACUGGAUGAAGGGGGAGAAGUUCAUUGAGGAUCUGGACGAGGAGCGGGUUCAGGAGAGUGACAUCAAGACAAUCCGGGAACACUUGGGGGAGCAGGAAGUGUCCAUCUCUCUGACCAUCGACUCUCUGGAGGAGAACGACCUGGGCAACUACUCCUGCUACGUGGAGAACGGCAACGGGCGGCGGCAGGCCAACAUCCAGCUCACCAAGAAAGAGCUGAUGUACACGGUGGAGCUGGCCGGAGGUCUGGGAGCCAUCCUGAUGCUGCUCAUCUGUCUGGUGACGCUCUACAAGUGCUACAGGAUUGAGCUCAUGCUCUUCUACAGAAACCACUUCGGCAGUGAGGAUAUAGAUGGAGAUAACAAGGACUACGACGCUUACCUGUCCUAUACCAAAGUGGAUCCGGACCAGUGGAGCCAGGAGACCCGCGAGGAGGAGCGCUUUGCCCUGGAGAUCCUCCCCGACGUGUUGGAGAAGCAUUAUGGGUAUAAACUCUUCAUUCCAGACAGGGACUUGAUCCCCACAGGAACCUACAUCGAGGACGUAGCGCGCUGCGUGGACCAGAGCAAGCGCCUCAUCAUCGUCAUGACACCCAGCUACGUGGUGCGGAGGGGGUGGAGCAUCUUUGAGCUGGAGACGAGGCUGCGCAACAUGCUGGUGACCGGCGAGAUCAAGGUCAUCCUGAUCGAGUGCGCCGAGCUGCGCGGCAUCAUGAACUACCAGGAAGUGGAGGCCCUCAAACACACCAUCAAGAUGCUGACGGUCAUCAAGUGGCGCGGGCCGUCCAGCAACAAGCUCAACUCCAAGUUCUGGAAGCAGCUGCUCUACGAGAUGCCCUUCAAGCGCAUGGAGCCCCUGAGCAUCUCCCACGAGCAGGUGCUGGAUGUCAGCGAGCAAGGCCCCUUCGGCGAGCUCCAGACCGUCUCGGCCAUCUCCAUGGCGGCGGCCACCUCCACCGCCAUGGCGACGGCCCACCCGGACAUUCGCUCCACCUUCCACAACUCUUGCCACACCCAGAUGAGGCAGAAACACUAUUACCGUAGCUACGACUACGACCUGCCACCCGGCGGCACUCUCCCGCCGCUCCCACCGCUCGCCACGCUAGGCAGCCAGCACACCUACUGCAACAUCCCCAUGACGCUCAUCAACGGACAGCGGCCGCAGUCCAAGUCGCCGCGCCAGCAGAGUCUGGAGGAGGCCCACGGCAACAACGCCAUGCUGCCACUGCUGCCCAGAGAGACCAGUAUAUCCAGCGUCAUCUGGUGACAGAUGAGCAGGAUGUUGAUCUUUAUGAUGUCGGUCACAGGGAGGACUCACCACUGGCCCUUGGAACCUGAAUGCACCGGAGCCAGAUGGACCUGAAAGACACAAAGCUACUUGCUGCUGUUGAAUUUGCA